AUGACGGCGGCGGGCCAGAGGCAGGACCCGCUGCUGAACGAUCAGCUCGACGAGCGCGCGAGGCAGGUCAGCCAACGGCUGUGGCACUUGCUGAUCACAUACUGCGAAGGUAAAGCGAUGGGAGUGGUCAAACUCUCGCGCAAGAGCGGUCUCGAGGCGUGGCGCCAGCUCAAGAAUGAGUACGAGAGUCGUUCAGGGAAUCGCUGGACGGCGAUGCUGCGGUUCAUCCUGAACCCGCAGGACAAAUGGGCCAAGGAUCGCGAGGCGGGCGCCGACUUCUUUCAGUCGCUCACCGCCUGGGAGGCGAUUGUGGCCGAGUAUGUUGAUCAGAGCGGCGAAGCCGUCUCUGACAAUGUCAGGGUGAGCGUGCUGCUGGAGCACGCGCCAGAUCCAUAUCGAGAGGUACUCCGACAGGCCCCAGAGGAGGUGAAGCUCACGUUCGCCGCAGCCCGCAGUCAUAUCAGGGGCUACAACAACCAGGGCAGGACCUUCGCUCUCGUCCCAGACGUGGGUGGGGUUGUCCCGAUGCAGGUGGACGCAGUCCGUGCCCAGAUGCCCAAUGGCAAGGCCAACGGCAAGGGCAAGACGUACAAGUCCGACAAGUCAGGCGGGAAGUCUGGCAGAUACCAGAAGGGCAAGGAUUCAAAGACCAAGUCUAAGGCUCGUGACGGCGGCAAGCACGCCAAGAACCAGACGGAGUACUUCGACGGCGAGCGCGGCUACUGCGGUAAGUGGGGCCACAAGCGGGCGGACUGCAGGAAGAAGAAAGCCGAUGAUUCGAAGAAGGAGCCAGGUCACACACGAGCUGUUCAAGGCGACGCAUCUUCGUCUUCAGUCCAGCAGCCAGCGGAUGGCACUGUGAAGGCGGCGUUGGGCUACUUUGAUGGCAAGCUCGAUGGCUGGGUGUUCGCGGUCACGGCGCAGCCGACUGGCCAGGUGGCGAAAGUCGGCGGUUCCAUCCUGAUCGACAGCGGUAGCGAUGACCAUCUCUGCAGGCACAGAUUUGUCCCAGAGGCUCCCAUCAGCGCUGCGGUGGGCGCGCCGAGGCUCUUCGACGUGCAGCAGCGCCCGCUACCGACGGCAGGCCUGAAGGGAGUUCAGAUGGCCAUUAAGGAGGGCAUCACGGCGACAGCGGAUUUCCUCGUCGCCGACGUGAACGAUGAUCUGCUGAGCAUGGGGCAGCUGCUCAGGCAGGGCUUCAGGUUCAACCUCAGCCUGGAGGACGGGCUCCACAUGACGAAGGGCCAUCGCAGCGUGCAGCUCACGCUGGAAAGGAGCAGCCCCAGGCUGAGGCUCACCACUGCCGCGGCGCGGCAGCGCGGCAGGCGGUCGGAGGCCGAGAGGGCGCGCAAGCAGGCAGUCAAGAAGCAGCUCGGGAUCCAGCACGACCCAGUCGAUGCUAGGGAGCUGCCCGUGCCGAAGGCUCCGGGCGCGGAAGAGAAGAGGCAGCGUCGCCUCACCCAUCUGCCGACCGCUGCCCGGUGUGAGGAGUGCGUCCGCGGCAAGGCGCCCGAUGCUCCACGCGCGCAGAUCCCGCUCGAGGACUCCGGGCGGAAGGCGCCGCUCAUCAGCUUCGACUUUGGGUUCUGCAAGACAGCUGAUGAGGACGGCGAGCUGACGAAGGUCGAGGACACCUAUGCGACGAUGCUCGCGGCGUUCAGCUGGGACGCUGGAGUGGUGGAGGUCAUCCCAUGCCCAUCGACGUCGGCACCGUUGUGCGCGAUUGCAGGCGCCAAGCAGUUCGCGCAGCGGCUCGAGACGGGGAAGUGUAGACUCAGGACGCACUCUGAGCCUGCGACGAAAGCGAUCCUGGAUGGGGUCGUCGCAGAGCUGACGGGCAAGGUCAUUUCAGAGCUGGCCCCCAAGCACAGCAGCCAGUCCAACCCAGCGGAGGCGGCUGCGAAGAUCGCAGAGGGCCAGACGCGGGUCCUCAGGUUGGAUCUCGAGAAGCGCUACGGCACCAGGAUCACGAGCAAGCGAGCGCGGGUUGCGGCGGUCCACGAGCUGGGGGUCGGCAACAUAGACGACCCGCCCGACGCGUUCUGGGAGGAGAUCUCGGACGAGGCUGAGGACCAGACCGAGGACAUGCUCGACGUGGACGCUCAGGAUGAGCUGGACAAGAAGCUUACGCUUGAGCACCUGCAGAGCCUCCUGGACCACGGCGUUGGCGAGGGCGCCCCCAAGUCGGAGGCAAGGGGAAUGAAGCACAUCACCACCCGCUGGGAGAAGCAGUGGACGUGGAAGCCUGCGCGACAGGAGUGGCAGCGCAAAGUGAGAUUCGUCUGCCGCGAGUUCCGCUGGCAGGAGUGGCGCGACGACCUGUUCACGCCAGGAUCGGCUCCGAUCUCCAAUAGGCUCAUUGACUUCGUGGCUCUCAAGCGCGGCUUCGAGGUGAUGACGCUAGAUGCGACGGGCGCCUUCUACCGGGCGCCCGAGCACGAGGAUGUGGUGGUGGAUCCACCGCAGGAGUACCUCGACAGGCUGCAGGCGGAGGGCAAGAGCACGGACAUCUACUGGAAGUUGAAGAGACAGCUGCUUGGCAGGCGCACGGCGGCGCCUGGCUGGGUGGAGCACAUGGCAGGCAUUCUCAUGGACGAGACGCGCCUGGCGCGGUGCGAGAUGGCCCCGCAGUUCUUCUACAACUCAGAGACUGAGGUGGUGGUCGAGCUCCACAUGGACGACUUACACGUGGCAGGGCCAGGGGAUGCGCUGGAGGGCUUCCGUGACGAGGUGGGCCAGCACGUGACCCUCAGCUGCGGCGAGAUCCACGAGUACGGCACCACCUACGAACACCUGAAGAGGUUGAGGACGCGGUUCGAGCACGGGACGGAGCUCAAGGCGAACCCGAAGUACCUGGACUACGUGGUCGAGACCCUCAACCUCGGGAGCGCGAACGCAGCGCCCACGCCAGGGGUGCCAGCCCACAAGGCGCUCAUGGGGGGCACCUCGGAUCUCCUCUACUUCAAGUCGCUCCUGGAGUUCAUGGGCUUCACGGUGGCGACUACUCUUCUGACGGACUCGUCGGCGGCCCGAGGGAUUGCCAAGCGGGAAGGAGUUGGCAAGGUCAGGGGCCUGGAGGCGCGUGUGCUCUGGCUCCAGCAGGCUAUCAAGAGGAAGCUGAUGGACCUUGGGACCGUCGGCACUGACGACAACAAGGCCGACCUGGGUACGAAGAUCCUCGGGUACGAGCGCUUCGUCAAGUUCAGGACGAUGAACGGCAUCUACACGGACAUGGGCCAGGUCGCGGAGAGCGACAACCAGUCGGAUCAGGUGGAAUUCGACGUGGGGGCGGUGGCUGGGGUUCGGCGCGCCUCAGGCGUGGCCGCUUCGCCGAGUGUGACCCGCUCAGCGGCCCUGGCAAUGAUCACGGCGGCAGUAGCGCUCCUUCAAGGGUGCGAAGGACCCGCCAUCGAGUAUGACGGCUACUGCGACACGGAGAUUUGCUCCAAGGACGGCGUGGUCGCGAGCGACUGGGCGAGUUACUUGCUGGCGCUGGUCGUCUGGGCGCUGGUCGUGGCCACCGUCUUCGGCUACGCGGGGUUCCGCUACGCCGGCUGGGGGGGGGGGGGCAGGGCUAAGGCCAAGGGCGAGGACCUUCAGAGGAGUCAGUUUAACAUGACAGGACAGGAGCUCUGUUCGUAG